AAACAUAGCUAAUGUUAAACUAAAUUUUCAUUAAGGAUUACGGAUUUUGUGCUGAAAUUUAACUUUUAUUAGCUUAUCAGAAAUUUGUGACUUUUUUAAUUUUUAGGUAUGGCUUUAAAUUUGUUGAGUUUAAGAUCAUCGAAUACUCUUUUUAGAGUAAUGUGUCCUAGCUUGACACUUUCAGCUAAGUACUCCUGGGAGCCAAAAGAAAUUGAAACCCACACUGGUCAGAAAUGGGAAAAGAAUGAUUAUAGGUUAGCACGUUUCAUAGAUACAGAAAAGCAAGUCAAUCAGUGUUUUGCAAUUGAUCUCAUUAAACAAGUACCCCCUAAAGAAUGUAAAGAAAGAGUUGUUUUUUGUGAUGGUGGUGGUGGACCAUUAGGCCAUCCUAAAGUAUACAUAAAUUUGGAUAAACCUGGUAAUCAUUCUUGUGGAUAUUGUGGAUUACGUUUUUUCAAAGAAGAUCACCAUUAAAAUAUAACAUCAGAACUUAGAUGGAUAUCUCAUACAUGUUUUAUUAAUUUUUGGAUAUGUAGUAGCAAAUUGUAAAAUUUCAAUUAAUUAUGCUAUUAGAAAUAAAAUAUAAUAUUUAAUUUAAAAAAAAA